ACAUCCCGUCCACCCGAUAUGGCAGCGUGCGCUAGGAUGCAAACCCCGACGUUCCACGCGCGCGCAAGACCUGCUUGCUUCGAGACACUCAUCCGUAGCACAAGCCGCAAUCGGACGACCAAUGCAGCCAGCGGAGGCGGCAGGCCGGGGUGCAGGGGUGAUGCAUGUCGCCGGCAUUGCCGUUUUGGGCGCUGCUAGCUCUCAUCACUUUCUCAUCUCUUGAUGCGAGAAGACGAUCGGGGACUUUGCUUUUCGCGAUCUGUCACAGGCCCUUCGCGUCUCCACAUGCCCUUCGCGUCUCUACAUGCCCUUCGCGUCUCCACAUGCCCUUCGCGUCUCCACAUGCCUGCUGUGGCUGCAUGUCACACCCAGCCCCCGUCUUCUUCCUGGCCUGCGUUCGCUACGAACUGUUGCCCAUCUUGCCCUAUCCGCUGAUGAGCAGCUGCUAAUCAGAUCGUAGAUUUAAGGUCAUGGACGACGAGAGGCUGUCAGACGACUUGGCAGCAUGGGCGUGCUACCGGCUGGACCGCCUACAGCCUGGUCU